AUGUACAUGUUGGGAUAUUUGAAAGAUGGAAAUUAUAAUUCAAAUUUUUCUAUUUUAGCUCUCAUCAAACUUGGUAGCUGCUACAGAGACAGCGGGAAUCUUGAGAAAAGUUUGAGUUUACUCGAGGAGGCAGUCGCAAUCAGCCGAUCAUGCUACUCAUCUUCUCAUCCCUUGUUGGCAAAUGCUAUAUAUCACCUUUCCAAUACGUACUAUUUACUUGACAGAAAAGAUGAAGCUUUGAAAUUGGCAAGAGAAACGUGGGAUAUUGCAAACGUAUCAUUACUGUCAUCACAUCCUCAAUUGGCCGAGUAUAUGAACCAAGUCGGUCGUUGUUGUUUAUCGCGAGGAGACUUCAACGAAGCCAUAGAGUGGUAUAAGAAAUCUCACCAAUUGCUACAACAACUACUUUCUUCACCUACACGAAACGAUCUCUUGGCAAAAACUCUCAUCAAACUUGGUAGCUGCUACAGAGACAGUGGGAAUCUUGAGAAAAGUUUGAGUUUACUCGAGGAGGCAGUCGCAAUCAGCCGAUCAUGCUACUCAUCUUCUCAUCCCUUGUUGGCAAAUGCUAUAGCUCACCUUUCCAAUACGUACCGUUUACUUGACAGAAAAGAUGAAGCUUUGAAAUUGGCAAGAGAAGCGUGGGAUAUUGCAAACGUAUCAUUACCGUCAUCACAUCCUCAAUUGGCCGAGUAUAUGAACCAAGUCGGUCGUUGUUGUUUAUCGCGAGGAGACUUCAACGAAGCCAUAGAGUGGUAUAAGAAAUCUCACCAAUUGCUACAACAACUACUUUCUUCACCUACACGAAACGAUCUCUUGGCAAAAACGCUAAAUGACCUUGCUGGCGCAUAUCAAACAGACGGGAAAUACGACAAGGCGAUAGAGACAUAUGAAGAGUUUCUGGAGUUGAAGAGGCGAUGCGAUGACGGGAAUCUAGUAGAAAUGUCUACGAUUCUCAUCAAUCUUGGUAGCUGCUACAGAGAAAGCGGAAAACUUGAGAAAAGUUUGAGUUUACUCGAGGAGGCAGUCGCAAUCAGCAGAUCAUGCUACUCAUCUUCUCAUCUCUCCUUGGCACUUGCUAUAGCUCACCUUUCCAAUACGUACCGUUUACUUGACAGAAAAGAUGAAGCUUGGACAUUGGCAAGAGAAGUGUGGGAUAUUGCAAACGUAUCAUUACCGUCAUCACAUCCUCAAUUGGCCGAGUAUAUGAACCAAGUCGGUCGUUGUUGUUUAUCGCGAGGAGACUACAACGAAGCCAUAGAGUGGUAUAAGAAAUCUCACCAAUUGCUGCAACAACUACCUUCUUCACAUACACGAGACGAUCUCUUUGCAAAAACGCUAAAUACCUUUGCUCUCGCAUACCAAAGAGUCGGGAAAUACAACGAGGCGAUAAAGACAUAUGAAGAGUCUCUCGAGUUGAAGAGGCGAUGCGAUGACGGAAAUUUAGCUGACACGUUUAGGACUCUCAUCAAACUUGGUAGCUGCUACAGAGACAGCGGGAAUCUUGAGAAAAGUUUGAGUUUACUCGAGGAGGCAGUCGCAAUCAGCAGAUCAUGCUACUCAUCUUCUCAUCCCUCCUUGGCCCAUGCUAUAUAUCACCUUUCCUCUACGUACGAUUUACUUGACAGAAAAGAUGAAGCUUGGAAAUUGGCAAGAGAAGCGUGGGAUAUUGCAAACGUAUCAUUACCGUCAUCACAUCCUCAAUUGGCCGAGUAUAUGAACCAAGUCGGUCGUUGUUGUUUAUCGCGAGGAGACUACAACGAAGCCAUAAUGUGGUAUAAGAAAUCUCACCAAUUGCUACAACAACUACCUUCUUCACCUAGACGGGACGAUCUCUUUGCAACAACGCUAAAUGACUUUGCUGUCGCAUAUCAAACAGACGGGAAAUACGACAAGGCGAUAGAGACAUAUGAAGAGUUUCUCGAGUUGAAGAGGCGAUGCGAUGACGGAAAUCUAGUGGGAAUGUCUACGAUUUUCAUAAAUCUUGGUUGCUGCUACAGAGACAGCGGGAAACUUGAGAAAAGUUUGAGUUUACUCGAGGAGGCAGUCGCAAUCAGCAGAUCAUGCUACUCAUCUUCUCAUCCCUCCUUGGCCCAUGCUAUAUAUCACCUUUCCUCUACGUACGAUUUACUUGACAGAAAAGAUGAAGCUUGGAAAUUGGCAAGAGAAGCGUGGGAUAUUGCAAACGUAUCAUUACCGUCAUCACAUCCUCAAUUGGCCAUCUAUAUGAACCAAGUCGGUCGUUGUUGUUUAUCGCGAGGAGACUCCAACGAAGCCAUAGAGUGGUAUAAGAAAUCUCACCAAUUGCUACAACAACUACCUUCUUCACCUACACGAAACGAUCUCUUGGCAAAAACGCUAAAUGACUUUGCUGUCGCAUAUCAAACAGACGGGAAAUACGACAAGGCGAUAGAGACAUAUGAAGAGUUUCUCGAGUUGAAGAGGCGAUGCGAUGACGGAAAUCUAGUGGGAAUGUCUACGAUUUUCAUAAAUCUUGGUUGCUGCUACAGAGACAGCGGGAAACUUGAGAAAAGUUUGAGUUUACUCGAGGAGGCAGUCGCAAUCAGCAGAUCAUGCUACUCAUCUUCUCAUCCCUCCUUGGCCCAUGCUAUAUAUCACCUUUCCUCUACGUACGAUUUACUUGACAGAAAAGAUGAAGCUUGGAAAUUGGCAAGAGAAGCGUGGGAUAUUGCAAACGUAUCAUUACCGUCAUCACAUCCUCAAUUGGCCAUCUAUAUGAACCAAGUCGGUCGUUGUUGUUUAUCGCGAGGAGACUCCAACGAAGCCAUAGAGUGGUAUAAGAAAUCUCACCAAUUGCUACAACAACUACCUUCUUCACCUACACGAAACGAUCUCUUGGCAAAAACGCUAAAUGACCUUGCUCUCGCAUAUGAAAGAGACGGGAAAUACGACGAGGCGAUAAAAACAUAUGAAGAGUCUCUCGAGUUGAAGAGGCGAUGCGAUGACGGAAAUCUAGUGGGAAUGUCUACGACUCUCAUCAAUCUUGGUAGCUGCUACAGAGAGAGCGGAAAAAUCGAGAAAAGUUUGAGUUUACUUGAGGAGGCAGUCACUAUCAGCCGAUCAUGCUACUCAUCUUCUCAUCCUUCCUUGGCAAAUGCUAUAUAUCACCUUUCCUCUACGUUCGAUUUACUUGACAGAAAAGAUGAAGCUUGGAAAUUGGCAAGAGAAGCGUUGGAUAUUGCAAACGUAUCAUUAACGUCAUCACAUUCUCAAUUGGCCGAGUAUAUGAACCUUUUGGGAGAUUGUUGUCGAUCACGAGGAAACUACGAUGAAGCCAUCUCCUGGCAUGAGGAAGCUAGACUAUUGCUGCAACAACAACAUGAAUCAUCUCAACGAGACAAAGGCAUUGCUACAAAUUUGUAUUUAUUGUCUCGCGACCAUGACGAGAAAGGAUGUUAUGAAGAAGCUAUAAAGUUGUGUUUGGAAGCAAUAGAAAUGCAACAAGAGAGUCAUUCUCCAAAUCCUCUUGAUAUCGCAAUUUAUACGAUAAGGUUAGGUUCGUAUGAAAUGAAGGCCUCAAGACUUGAAGCGUCUAUAACCCAUUUGCAAUCUUCCUUAUCAGUUUUGCAAGACACACUACCUACGAGUCAUCACACCGCAGAUUGUCACUUUUACCUUGCUACGUCGUUUCUUGUUAUGAAAGAAGCGACCCCAGCUAGUCUGCAUUUAGAGAAAUGUCUUGAGAUACGAAAGACAAUUUUUCCAGUUGGUCACGACGAGAUAGAGGAAGCCGAGUGUCUCAAACAAGAAAUUCUAGGGCUGAAUGACAAUACAAGUGACUGACAUGAUAUUCUUACUUUGCUCAGUAAGCGUUGCCGUCUGCUUGUGUUCUUGUUAAAAUUAAUGCAACUGUUAUGCAUGGCGCACGAGGUUUGUCUGGGUCCGUGCACCCACUAAAUAUGAUCACAUUGCAGAGG